UGAAUGUUUGUUUCUAUGGAGACCCAUGUGUAUGUUUUUAUUUCAAUAUUUAAACGUUUUGAAGCAAUAUUUCUUGUUUGAACUACAAAAUUAAUUAUAAUUUAAUAAAUGACAUGAGUUUUCCUAUUCAAGAUGAAGUGUCCAAGGAAUUGAUACACACUUUGAACCAAUGGGCUGUAUCUGCUGGCAUCGAUGUCGAUUCAUUUUUGGAAAAGUUUAAUAGCCUAUCACCUGAUGAUGAUAGAGUCAGCACUAUGCUUCUUGAACAAUCUUUGGUUGAUUGUUUUACUGAUCGAAUGAAAGCAGCUUUGUUGGACAACAGUGACGAGAGACUAAGUAAAUAUCCAAAAUGUAAAAGUGACCAAAAGGCCAAGGAAUUUCGCUUGAAAGGUAACAAAUAUUAUUCAGAUAAACAAUUUGGAGAAGCUCACAAUUGUUACACACAAGCUAUUCGAUUUGCCGUUGAUAAUGGAUCGACUGAGGAUAACCAACUGUGUUUAUCGUAUGCGAACCGAUCGGCUAUCAACUAUGAAUGUGAAAGAUGGAAAGAAGCUAUCAACGACAUAGAUAUGGCAAUUAAACAUGGUUACCCACAAGAAAAGAUUGAUAAAUUGUUGAAAAGGAAAUUAAAGUGCCUGGAUAAACUUAAAAUUGCUAGAGAUGUACUGCCGCCUGAUAAUCAAACUAAUGAAGAUGAAGUAUCAAAACUAGUUGAAUCGCUUAAAUUGGACCUGGAUGAUAUUGAAGAAAUUGAGGAACCCGUCAUUGAAAAAGUCAAUCCAGAAAUACCGAAUGCUUCAAUGAAAGUAUCAAUAACGUAUGAUCCCAAAAAAGGUAGAGGCUUAAAAGCUAAUGAAACCAUUAACUUUGGAGAAAUUCUGGUUAAAGAUGUUCCUUAUGCUCAUGCAUUGUUCUCUGAUUGUUAUGAUGACUAUGUCAAAAUUGUUGUAAACCAUUUGAUGGAUUUAGCGUGCCUUGUCCAGUUUGCCCAGUACUGUCACCCUCUCAUACCUAAUAUCAACGAUCCAUUGAUUCAGUUAGUGUUAAGGUUGAUGACCAAAUCACUGAUGGAACAAAAUUCCCAAUCAAUUUGUGAAAACCGAUCGGAUCAAAUUUACUAUUCUGAUUAUUCUAGUAUAAAGAAACUCGCUUUUUCUCCAACAAUCUCGAGUGAUCUGGUUCUUGCAUCUCUCUUUCUCAGUAUAUUAAUUCAGACAAUCUAUCCAUCAUCAACCGAAUUGAAAUCUUUACCAUCGUUGAAAUCUCUGGUAUCCUUAAGCUUGUUACAUUUUCAUCAAUUAUUGAUAAACAAAACAUUCUUAGUACAUAAUGAAGAUUCCGUCGUCUUUUCAACUCUAUCUCCUCAUCAAGCGAACGAAAAAAUUGGUUUAGCCAUUUAUCCGACUAUGAGUUUGGUUAAUCACAGCUGUCAACCAAAUUCUUUCUUAUUCUUCUUCCACGAAAAAGUCAUUAUAAGAGCUUCACAAACCAUCGAAUCAGGACAGGAAUUAUCUAUCUGCUAUGGGCCCAGUUAUCAAUCCCAUACUUUAGCUGAUCGUCGUAAAAAACUCCGUGAUUGGUAUUACUUUGAUUGUAAUUGUAAUGCUUGCAGUAAAUCUUUGGAAUCAACACAAAUUUGUUAUAAAUGUCCACGUUGUGAAGGCCCACUUAUCGUGAAUGAAGAUGGUUCAAAUAAUUGUCUAUCAUGUAAACAAGAAGACAUAUUGCCGAUAGAAAUAAAGAAAUCUGUUGAAGAUGCUCUAGCUGAUAUGGAGAAAGGUAGAAAUUCCUACGAAUCAAGUGAAUAUGACGAUGCUAUCCAGUUAUUAUCCAAAUCAUAUAAUACUAUGGACGAUUAUUUGUACAGAUCUAAUUGGAAUUUAUUGCGUUCACGGACAUUUCUGUAUGAGUGCCUUGCAUCAAUGGGUCAUUAUGAGAUGGCAGCUAAGUUGUGUGCAGUCAAUGUUAAUGUAACUAAAGAGAUACAUGGAAAUGAAUCAGUUGACUAUGUAAUCAGCAUGAUUACUUACCUUGGUUUGAUGUAUAAGGAUCUUGAAGAUAUUGUCACAGAAGAUUUGACCAAAGCUGAGUUAAAGGCGAAUCAAAUUAUUCAUUUAGUCGAUGAACAAAUAGAUAGAUUGGUACGGAUUGCUCAAUUGGCAAAUACCUCUAGUGAUCCAACAAAAGUUUUUCACCAGGAAAUGAAUAAUUUAAAAGCCAUCAAAGAACAAUGUCAACGAAUAGAUCAGUACAUUAAUUCACAAUCUAAAGAUCAAAAUCAAUAAUUUCAUGGCCAAAGCGCAAGUGAAAUUGAAUCACGAUUUAAAUGAUGCACCUUUAAGAUGACUAUUGUAACAUGAUAUUCAAAAUAUUUUUGGGUAAAAUAAAUUUAAAAUUCAAAGAAAAA